AUUAAUUUUUCCAUAAAUUAUUCUUUAAAUUCAUGGAAGAAACAAAUUUUUGAUCAUUUCCUUAACUUAUGCCUUUUCUAAUGAUUAAUUUCAAUUCUCAAACUAAAUUUAGAAUAUUUCAAAACUAAUUGAAUGUAAUUUGAUCCAUUAAUAAUUCUUAUAUGUGGGUUAAGUCAUAUAAUUUAUAUAUUUUUCUUUGAUGUUUCUAACUAUAGCUUAACUAAAAUAUGUAACAAUAUUAGAAUCAUUUUUGUAACUGCAGUAUUACAAUCAUUCCCUCGAUAUAUUGUUAAAUCUUAUAAAAUAAAUUUAGAAACAUCAGAAACUUGCGAUCAGUUUCAUUUUGUUUUAAAAUUCUCCUAAUUAUUCGUGAAAUUUGAUAAUUAUAGAACAAUUUUCUCAGUCAAAUCAUCUUAUAUUGGAUUUAGAAACGUGAAUUUUGGUUAACAUCUAUAAAUAGAAUAUUGGAUUUUUAUUUUCAUUCAUAACAUUGAAUCAUUCUAUAAUUUUCUCUACACCUCUCCAUAUUUCUAUGUUCUUUACAAGAAUGCCUAAAAAUGGUUCUCGUUCUGUUGGGUAUUCUAAAGAAGAAGAUAAACUUUUAUGUCAAGUUUAUAUGAAAGUUUAUCAAAAUCCGAUUAAAGGUUUUUAUCAAACAGCCGAUCAUUUCUGGGAUCAUGUGGAAGAAGCUUUCAAGAAUGGGAAACCCAAAGCUUCGAGUGAACGUUCAAAAAAGUCUCUCCAAUGUCGAUUUCAAACAAUCGAGAGAGCAACAAAGAAACUACAUGCAUGCAUCAAACAAUGUGAAAACAAACAUUCAAAUGGUGUUUCAAAUAUUAAUAUUUUCAAUCAAGCUAAAGAAAUGCUAAUGGAAGAUCCAAAAUACAAAUCUGGUUGGAAAUUUGAUCAUGUGUGGAACAUUAUUAAGACUUUUGAAAAGUUUGAACAUGGUGUUACUUAUUCUAGAAAGCUAUCAGAUUCUUGCGUUUUCGAGUCUACAUAUUCAGAUUCAGAAAAUCCAACAACAAAUUCUGAGAUACAAGCAUCUCCAAGUGUAUCUUCAUUUUCUUUUAACUUAGGUGACAAAGAUGAUCUUAUUGGUGGAUCCUUAUCUCAACAACCAAUUGGUGGAUCUCAACAACCUAUUGGAGUAAAAAAAUCUUCACUGAAAAGAAGAAGCGAUGAUCGAACAUCGGCUAUAAUCAAGAUUUUAAAAGAAGGAAACAGACAACUUCUUGAACAUUUGAAGAAGACAAGUGCAGACAUACAACAUUGCAUGGAGAUUCAAAGUAAGAAUUAUGCAUUAAAAAAAUUCAAGGAAGAAAAUAUUUUUUUACUUCAAGACUUGAAUUCCAUACAAGAUGCAAACAUCCGUGCUUACGUUCAAAGUGAACAAAAAAGAAUAUUAAGAAAAAGGAUUGAUCAAAAAGAACCUUCUACAUCAACUUCUAUAGAGCAAUAAAUGCAUUUGGAAGCUAUCCACAAAGGAAUUAGGUUACGAGUUUAUGUUGUCUUAAGUUUUAUUUUUGAAACAACAAAUCUUUUAUUUUAUAUUCAUUGUUGGUUAUUGAUUAUGUGGUUUUAAUAUAUUGUUUCUUAUUUUAAUAUAUUAUUUCUGAUCUUUAUAUUGUCUAAUUUAAUGUAUGCUAUUUUCCAUCUUAAAAUAAACUCAUCAAACA